ACAGGCUGCGUGCAAUCCUCGUUUUCUCCCUUUGUGCUGAUUGUCGAAAUAACAGUGCUGUUAGGAUGCUGGAGCAAAGCAGGAGCGUAUCAUCAGGACCGCAAGUCUGAGUGGGAUGGAGACACUGAGUGAGAUGUAAAUGGAGAAGCAAAAGUGUCACCAACAGAUAUUGGACAUCCAUAUGAUUUUAAAGUGCUCUGUAUUAAAACGUAACCAGCAUCACUUCUCUCUGAAGUAAUCCAUUACUGACAAUUAAUGUCAAACUGCGUGCUGGAGCAGCUUCAUGCUGCCUCGCUGAGUGAAAUACGGCUAAUGGAAAGAAAGCCUUAUAAGAUCCAGCUCAUCAAAAUACACCUAAAUGCAGCAUAAUGCCUUCAAAAGUGUCAUGUUUGUACCUGCUGACAGUGGUCUGCUGGGCGAGCGCUCUGUGGUACUUGAGCAUAUCUCGCCCAACAUCCACCUAUGUCGGCCACAUGUCUCUGCCUAUACGUAAGACUGCGAAAACCCAUAAAAACCUCACAACGUUCACCAACAUCCGCACCCGCUCCCUUAACCCACACGCCUUUGAAUUUGUCAUCAAUGAGCCGAAGAAGUGCGAAAGCGUAACUCCCUUCCUGGUCAUCCUUAUUAGCACCACGCACAAGGAGUUCGAUGCGCGACAGGCCAUCCGGGAAACCUGGGGGGAUGAGAGCACCUUCAGCGACAUCCACAUCCUCACCAUCUUUCUGCUGGGCAAGAACACGGACGCCAUCCUGAACCAGAUGGUGGAGCAGGAGAGCCAGAUCUUCCAUGACAUAGUGGUGGAGAACUUUAUCGAUUCCUACCACAACCUUACCCUCAAGACCAUGAUGGGUAUGCGCUGGGUGGCCACCUACUGCCCCAAAGCGCAGUAUGUCAUGAAGACAGACAGUGACAUCUUUGUCAAUAUGGACAAUCUGAUCUACAAGCUCCUAAAGCCCAGCACCAAGCCGAGGAGGAGAUAUUUUACCGGCUAUGUUAUAAAUGGUGGUCCCAUAAGGGAUAUGCGCAGUAAGUGGUACAUGUCCAGGGACUUGUAUCCUGACAGUAAAUACCCACCUUUCUGCUCAGGCACUGGCUACGUGUUCUCAGCAGACGUAGCUGAGCUCAUCUACAAGACUUCACUACACACAAGACUGUUGCACCUGGAGGAUGUGUAUGUGGGACUGUGCUUGCGUAAGCUGGGUAUACACCCGUAUCAGAACAGUGGUUUUAAUCACUGGAAAAUGGCCUACAGUCUGUGCAGAUACAGGCGGGUUUUCACUGUGCACCAGAUCUCCCCGGAGGAGAUGCACCGCAUUUGGAAUGACAUGUCCAGCAAGAAGCACCUGAGAUGUUAGGGGACAUGAGGACCACCGAACAACAACUUAACGUUUUUUUUUUUCCUGCCUUUUUUUUCCCUCUCCUUUUCAAUUUGAAUCAUGCUGAGUAAUGUAAAAAAAACAUUGAGGGCUGCUGCAAGUGUCUAUUUCAUGACAGAUGUUUUCAUCAAAGUCCAUCAUUGUCUGUUUCUGUUGAUUACACCUCACGAUUGUUAACGAAUGCAUGAGGCUUGUAAAGCGCGUAUUCUCAUGCAUAAUUAAAAUGUGGUGUCGUUCCUGAAAGUAAUUUUUUUUUUAUGUAUUCCAGGUCCAAUCUAAGCAAACAUUUUUUUAUAAGCAUUAAGUCGGUCAGCGUUAAGUAGUGUGGCCUAAUGUGUAGAGGCAGUGUUUCAGUCAGAUGACCUUGGUUCGAGCCCUCACACUGACAACAUUCAGCCCUGUUAAAGUGUCCUUGAGCAAGACACUGAAUCUGCACCAGCUGCAUGGCUGCUGACUUAGCACCCUGAUCUUCCUGCAGGAGUGCAAGCCAAAAUAACUUCAGUGCAGGAAUCUAAAUAUUAAAUUACCGUAUUACAUCUAUAAUGUUAUGCAUUUUAAAAGUAUUAUUUAGAAAGGAGAGUUCCAGAUCAGUGAGAAUGCAAAUGCUAAUCCUAUACAACAACAAACCAGGUCGUCUGUUGAGAUAAAACUACAUAUACACUAAAUGCUGCUCUCUACCUUCUUUUGGUCUUUAUGAUGAACACAGUCGGAUACAAAUCUGAAAAUAAGCUGCAGUAUAUUAUUAGUCUACAAACAGAACAAGUCAAAAGAUAAUUUAAUGUUUUGCAAUCGGUAUUUUUUUCCUUUAGCAGUGGUAAAUAGUGAAAGUUUUAGCUGAAUUUGCUGGAUGUUUUUUUUCACAGCUUUGUCUGAUGUUUUUGUUUACAUAUUUUUGUUUACAUCUCUGGAAAAAGUCAGAUGUGAAGUUUUUUUUUUUUUUUUUAAUCUCUUUGACAUUUUUAUAUAAUUGUGUUUGUCAGCUACCAGCUACUGGCUUCUCAUUACUUCAGCUACCGCUUUUGGUUUAUAUAUGCUGUGCAGCUCCUCCACACAUCAAGAGAAAUACAGUAUCAUGUUGUGAAAGUAUGAGUUUAACUGUAGCUAAGACCAUUACAGACUGGAUGUAUUAUCAUAUGUAUCUGGCAUAUCAGUGAUUACUGCUACUGACAUCAUUUUGUUUCUCAGAAAACGUGGCUUUCAUUGCCAAAUGUUCAUUUCCUUUUCCAAAAGUUCUGUAGUAUUAUAAGCUAAUGUGACAUUUACUGUGAAAGCAUCAACAAGGGGUUGUUGUCAUAUUGUAUGUUUUUUAUAUUAAAAAACAAAUACUUGAAUAAUUAAAGUUAUAUUACUGCUUUUACUUGUUACUUACUUCAAGUCCACAUUUCCAGACGGUUACUUUGAAGGUUUAUUGAAGGUUUCUUUUAAUGUUGAUGUACUUGCAAUUAAAAGAUCAGGUUGUUUUACUUUCUGGAUGACACAUUUGAAAAGACUGAAAUUACAAGAUAAGGAUGAUAUUAG